AUGUGUGCUGAAACUCUUGCAAUAACACCUUCACGUCAUUAUCCUGCCUUUCUUCUCGGUUUAACACCUGUAGUGGCUGACUGGGCACGAGGAACAAUAAUUAACGGUGUUGCAGUUGCCUACUUAAAUCUGACCUUACCGAACGUAGACUUUACUCAAAAUGUUACUUCUCGUAUAACUGAUUUCUCCUAUCAUGGACUUGCAAAUUUAGCUGGCGGCAGUCUUCUUCAAUGCAUUCUGAUUACAGCAAUCAUCAUGUAUAUGAUCGACCGAAAGUUCAUUCGCGGUGCCGUAUGGUCGUUUUUAGCGGGUCUACUCUCUUUCUUCGGUUUAAUUCAUUCAUCGAACUUGGGCAUCUUGUAUAGCAAAACAGAUGAUGGAUGGCAAUUCACUGUAGGCUAUGCUACAAUGAUACUACUCUUCAUUCUGUGCGAAAUAGCACAACGAUGGAAAUGGAUAGAAGGACCCGAACGUGAACCUGAUGAUUUGUCAUCUGAAGAAUGGCAUGAAUGGAAUCGAAUGCAACAAUUGAACAGAGAAAGCCAAAUAUCUUAG